CUGCUCUUUUUUAGAGUUGCGGACAUCUAUGAACAGCCGCUGUCACGAGAUCAACAGUUCGGAAAACUCGUCCGAGCUGCGCCAAACUCGUACAUAUUCAAAGGAAAAACAGCUAAGAAGGUGAACACUGGAGUAAAUGGAAACUUCACUGUGAGCGCUGAAACGAAAGCACGAUCGUGGCAGAGGGCAUACGGUUGGGUAGAGCACAGCUGUGACAAAAGUAACCGAAUACACAUUCCGAUGACUAUGUACAGUUCUGAACGCAGCAUACCGCUGACACGAUGCGAUGUCAUGAGCUACAUUCCGAUUCCUCCGAAAUUCAAGGACGCCGUCUACGACCUCGACGUGUAUGAGCUCUCAAAGAAACCUUAUUACAAUAGUUGUGAUGACAAGGAUAAUAAAUAA